AGAUUUAACUAUUUAAUAUAUUUCUAAGUUAACAAAUAUUGCUGUAAAUGUGGUAAAAGGUGACGUUAAAAAAAUCACAAUACUUUUUUAAACAUUGUUUGAAGCUAAAUGUGGCAAAAUGUUGAUGUUAUUUUCAGCGUGAAACACUUUACAAACGGCACCCCAUAGAAGAUUGUGUUGCUUCUUCUUUAAAAAAGUCAGUCUCACCUUAAAAGUUGCCUUUCACGUUAUAAACAGGGACUAUUGCUGGAAGUCUAAUCCAGAUGUGAUGAUGUCAUAAAGAACACAAAAUGUAAUCUCUUAAAAUAGACACAAACACACUCACAUGCACCCGACUCCUGCCCUGUAUGUUAAUCCAGCUCUCAUCUCAUACAGUAUGAGGUGGCGGUGAAGGUUUAAUUCCUCCUCAGGUCAUGCCCCAAGAUGGCGCUGCGUUGAGGGGAAGCAGCCACAAGAUGGCGCCUGUAAUCUGUCAGUGAGGAACACGAGAAGGAGGCGGCGGGUUGCGAGAAAACUUGAUCCGCAGACAGGUUGGAAACUCAAGCAUCCUUCGGUGCAUCCACCCCGGUGUAUAUAAGAGUAAGCCAGCUGUCAGCGGGCACCACAAAGCCUUAUCUCUCUCUGCUGCUGCUGCUGCUGCUGCUGCUGCGUUGGACCUGGACGGAGAGGAAAGCGAGCCAACAGCGGACCAACAUGUCGCUCACCUCCAUUCUUUCAGCUGAGGCCAUUGAAAAGGCUGUCAAGGACUGUCAAGCUCCGGACUCUUUCUGUUACAAAAAGUUCUUCCAGCUGUGUGGCCUGUCCUCAAAGACGCCCCAGGAAGUCAAAGAUGUCUUCAGGAUCCUUGACGAGGACAACAGCGGCUUCAUUGAGGAGUCUGAGCUCAAGUUCUUCCUGCAGCGGUUUGUCCCCGGGGCGCGGACACUGACUGAGGCAGAAACCAAGAGCUUCAUCUCAGCAGCUGAUGAUGACAGCGAUGGCAGAAUUGGAGCAGAGGAAUUCCAGACCAUGGUCCUGUCCUGAGUUUUCCUGAUGACUAGAGCUCAAGUCUUCGGGUCUUCGGUCCUCUCCCUGUGUCUGGACUCUUCUGACCCUGGCCUGCAUUCCCAGUGACUUCUCAUGUUUUCUACUAAAUUCUGUGUGUGCUAAUUGUUUUUAAAUGACCUUUUGUCCAUUUUAAAGACAGCAGACUUUUAAUGUGUCUUUGUGUUGGUCCAUGUUUUCUUUUCUGUGCACACCCCACCUCUGUUAGUGAA